GACCGGAAGUGACGCGGAGGAAACCAAUCACGCGCAAGCGCUCUCUGAAAGAAAUGAGUGGGGCGGUCUCAUUAUUAUGUCGUAUUCAAAUAAUUAAAUAAGCAAAGCGUUAUUUUUAUAAAUUUUUUUGCAGCUAGAGGUGAAGAUUUUUUUGAACGGCGGCGCUUACCCGGAAGGACGUUGUGUUUGAGGGAUGGCGGCCUCGUUGCCUCAGAAGGCGGGGAUGGCAGGGAUGCCCCCGCAGCAGCAGCAGCAGCAGCAGCAGCAGCAGUCCCACCUGCCCCCCAGUGCCGCCUCGGCCGCAGGUCAGCAGCCCAUGCCCCCCCAGGGAGCCCUGAGAGAGAUCUCCCCGGUGUUCCUCUGUCGGAUCGGACAGGAGACCGUCCAAGACAUUGUCACGCGCACCAUGGAGAUCUUUCAAAUCACGAGAUCUGCGCAGCUUCCCAACGGUGUGACCCAGGGCCAGGCGAUGUACCAGGACCGCUUCGGGAAGCUCCAGGAACACCUACGGCAGCUCGCCCUGCUGUUCCGAAAGCUCCGGCUCCUGUACGAACGCUGUGUGGAGAUGACCUCUGACCUGCAGGAGGAGCCAUCAGAGCUUCUGCCCUAUGUUGGAGAGGAGCUGGUUACUAUCAAAGUGGAGCCCUGCAGUGCCGCUGUCAACCAGGAGAGAAAAGAGGUUCUAGAGAAGGUACGCCAGAAGAACCAGGAGAUGAAGGUUCUGAUGGAUCAGAUGAGGAACCUGUUGUGGGAUGUCAACGCCAUGCUGACGCUCAGGAAGUGCUAGUCCCGCUAGAUCCACACUCUCUUCUUUUCUUUUUGAGAGAGAGAUCCAUUCCUCCACAGGCAUACGGACCAGUUGAAAUGAGGGAAUAUUUCGGUUUGAUAUGGAUUAUGGGACCUUUCACCUUAGGGUGCACCUCCUUUGUGUUGGCACUUCAUCACUGAAGCUCACAAGUCACUCACGGUUCACAGAGCUGCUAUUUAUUUUUGUAUUUUUUUUAAUGUUGAAGCUGUUGGCGUGGGAAACUAUUAAGAUAGGAUACUACUUGAUGGAUGCUUGAAAAAAAGGACAACCUGAUACACUCCAACUCCUCUUUUUUUUUUUUUUUACAAGGCAGCUGACAACCCAGUUAAUGUUUGACAAGUGCUCCAUAACUGUUAUUGUGUCACUGUUUAUUCUCACUACUUUUUUUUUUUUAUAGUUGAAAUAAUGAGUUAAAACCUGUUUUGCCUCAGCGUGAAAAAAAAAGUUUAGUUGUAGUUUAAAAAAAAAGAAGCUUUAUUCAUGGUGUUUUCUCCCGUGGGUGCUGACUCCAGACAGACUUGAAUUCACUGCAGGGCUUCCAGGAAGCACAGAAGCUGAUCUGGUGACGACUGCUUAGAAUAUGAACAAUUGCCCUUCUUAUGUUCUGUCAGUAGUAACAAAAUCAAAUUAGCCAAUUGGCAGCUAUGUAUCUCAGGUGCUGUGUGUGUGUGUGUGUGUGUGUGUGUGUGUGUGUGUGUGUGUGUGUGUGUGUGUGUGCGUGUGUGCGUGUGCGUGUGUGUGUGUGUGUGCGCGCAUGCUUAAUGAGAUUAGCUUCCUGAGUGCUAGACAGCACACCUGUUUACCCUGAAGGGGUUGAGACUUGAUUGCCUGUGAAUUUAUUUUUGUAAACUGUCUGACAAAGUGUCGUCCCACUGGGUCACUUUCUGUUUUGUAUGAAAUAAAAACAAAACGGUUUAAACAUGUACAUUUUAAGUCCCGCCUCUGGAAGCAAGGCCGGCACCAGCUCUGACUUUUCAGUCGUCGUUUUAAAUUCCGACCCCGAGGCUCGACGUGGGAAUGCGUGUUUUUUUUUUUUUUUUUCCGUUGAUCUGUCUUUACACGGCUCUAAAGCGUCUCGUCAGUGUAGCGCUCCCACACGUCGAGGCAAUCAAAAUCCCCACCAUCACAAAAAUAAGAAAAACGAAGCACAAUUGUGGGUAGAGUAAUUUUCUUUUACUGCCAAUGCAAUCCGCCCAAAGGGUUUCUCAAAUCAAAUUGAUUGCUAGGGUGAAAACAAAAUCCAGUGGAUUUCCACCGUAAGGCGCUCGCUGCUUGGCCCAGUACCCAUCGAAUAGGAAAAAUGUGUUCACGCAACAUGCACCGGGCUCAUGGGCGUUUAUUAACGAGCCGGGGAAAUAUUAAGUAGCAUUGCGCUUAGUUGUGAGCAAGAAGUCAAAACGAUUAAUCAAUCAACACUGAUUAAUUUGUAACUGUUUUUUCAUGACCGAUAACAAAAUACUGGUCCUUUUUUUUGGUUCAAAUUGUAAACAAAUUAAUUAAAAAAAGCACUUCACAGAUGCUACUAAUGCGGUGGGUUUGAUGGUUUUCUCCGUAUUCUUUGGACAACUUUUGCACUUCAGUCGACCUAUGCUUUCUGUUUUUUCCAAGAAAAAUGCUAGUCUCAUCCUACAUGUGUUGCUGUAUGAUGUGCAAUCUGGUUUCUUCAUCCCUACUGACAAUAUGAGAGAAGAAGAAGAAAUAAACUGAAACUUGAUGCAUCGUCAUGCCA